AUGGGUAACUGCGCAUAUUGCAGAAAAGGCUGAACUAAAGCACAAUCAUGGCUUCCUGAUUCAAAAUCAGCAGAAACUAUGGACAUAAAAUUAAUAUGCAAUACCGAAGCUGAGGAAAGCAAGACUGGAGACAGUUCAUUUAAUUUACACAAUCGAAGAACCAAAAUUCGAAAUCUGCAAAAAAUAAGCACACACCACGAUAUCACCGAGGCUGCAAAUGCCAUUAUAAGCGAAAAAGCAAAAGAUCGAGAAGAAAAAGACAAGAUUAGAACAGUUCUUAACAGUAUUUUUAUAUUUAAUACUUUAUCUGUGGAAAAUAUUGAAGAAACUAUCACAAAAUUAAAAUAUUACGAACUUGAGCCCAGCCAAAUGGUAUAUGCUCAAGGAAGUUCUGGGACACACUUUUUCAUUGUUGCAGAAGGAAAGCUCGAAAUUUUGGUAAAUGGAGAGUUCAAAGGAUUUCUAAAUAAAAGUGAUGCAUUCGGAGAAGCUGCAUUAAUUCAAGAAACUCCUAGGUCGCACUCUGUUUUUACGACUACCAAAACAAUGCUAUGAGGUAUCAGCAGAACAGAUUUUCGCUCAAUAGUUGAGUUUAUGAGUGCUAAAAAAUAUAUGGAAAAUAAGAGUUUUGUAGACAGCGUGCCACUUUUUCAGAUUUUGACACCAGCCCAAAAGGAUGGGUUAUUGGCUGUUAUUUCAAUACAAGUAUUUGAGCCUGGCUUAAAAAUUGUGACUCAAGGAGAAGAAGGUGAUUUAUUUUAUAUUAUUAAAGAUGGGACAGUCAGUUGUGUUGUGGACGGCAAAGUAAUAAGACACAUGUCUAGAGGAGACUAUUUUGGUGAGCAAGCAUUGCUUUAUAACAGCAAAAGAACUGCAACAAUCAUCUCAUUAAGUAGGGUUUCAGUGCUCAAUAUCAAAAGAGAUGAUCUCACUUACUUACUUAAGAAUUAGAAGGCGUCUGCUGUUUUGAUUACGCAGUCACCAAGGACCCUUUAUCCGAGGGUUCACUAGCUUUGCGCCGUCUUCGGAUCCACCUUGUUAGAGUUGGGGUAAUGGUUCACCGGCCCCUAAGUUCUGACACUACCUUUCCUCUUCUUCAGGGCCCUGAGGCAUGGAAUCCCUGAAGUGAGAUUUCACCUGGAUGUCUAUUCCUCUCCUUGUGGCUUGAGUGUUGAGUGGGCGGGCUAUGGACUUCUGCGGCAUGCUGCUUGGGUUGACGAAAGUUGACCAUUCAGAAAUCACAAAAAAUGGAAUUUCUGGUGACCUCUCGGCAAAUGGGGAAAACCCAGAUCCUGGGACGUAACCCCCAGUUUUCACGCUAGGCAGUUGCCCGAUUGGUCUAGGUGUUCCCUGUAGGCCUUGCUGGGCUUGCCCUUUCCAAACCUGAACCUCUCCUCCCUCACGAGGUAAAAUCCAUUCUGGUGGUUGAGCAUGGGCCAGGCUCUGCUCUGCAGAAUUGCUUACCAGGCAUUGAUGCUCAUUUCCGGAAUGGCAAAACCUUGCCGGAUAUAAUUAAAAUAUGUGCUCGGAAGCUGUGGCCAGAGGCCAUGCUAGGGUGGAGACGCCAUAUUUUAAUUAAGAGAUGAUCUCACAAAUGUACUUGGAAAUCAGCUUGAGCUUAUAAUUUAUAAGAACUCUCAACGAAUUGCUAUAGAAAACAGCCACUACUUAAAAGUCCUAACCAAGUCUCAAAUCGAGCUAAUGAUUAACCAUACAUGCUAUAGAGGCUAUAAAAACAGAGAAGUUGUUAUACCUCGUGGCACACAAAAAGGUGAAAAAUUAUUAAUAAUUGUGAAAGGAUCAUUAAUAACUUCAAAAACAGGAAAAAAAGUUCCAUGCUUAAGCUGCAUCGGGGAUCAAGAAUUAUUAUUGCCACCUGCAGGGAUUUAUGAAGAAAAUUACAUUGCAAAUGGGCCAGUUGAUAUAGAAGAAAUCACAAGAGAAUAUUUUGAAAGGUGCAUAGGAGGACAAUUGAAUAAAAUAAGUUCACAAAAUGAGGUUUUAAAUAUCAUGAAAAAGACGCAGCUAUUUAGAGCUUUACCGAAUAAUAAAUUGGAACAGAUGGUAAACGCUUUAUACAUACAAAAUUAUGGAGACAAAGAAGUGAUUUUUUAUGAAAAUUCAUGUGGAGAUGCGUUCUAUAUAGUAAAAGAAGGCCAAGUAGACAUUGUUAAGGAUAAUGCUACACUCAGAACAAUUACUAAUAAUGAUUAUUUUGGAGAAAGAUCAAUUCUUGGAAAUGAAAAAAGAACUGCAAAUGCUAUUGCUAAUGGCCCAGUGCAAGUGUGAGUUUUAAGCAAAGAAGACUUUUUGCUAAUAAUUGAUGAAGGCAUACGAGGCCAGCUUAUAAAGCGAAUGUACCUGCAAGAUAACACAAUCUCAUUGGCUGAUUUAGUCCCUGUAAAGCUUCUAGGUAAAGGAACUUUUGGCAACGUUUUUCUUACAGUGCACAAGAAAUCGCAAAUCCCUUAUGCACUUAAUAAAAAAUAAAUGGUGACGUUGAAGUAAGAAGGACUCCGAGGCACACACUCCUUAUGGUGAGGUAGACUCAUCCUGAUGAAGUAGAAACUAGUGCCUCUGCCACUUUUGAGUAGGUCUUCAGGUUUAAGAAUGCCUACCGAAGAGCAAGGCUUUGUUUCUCUCCGAAGUUUCUCUAUCCUGCCAGAUGGGUUAGAAUGGUUUUGCCUACUGCAUGAUGACCUUCUCUCAUCGGGAUCAUCGAAUCACUCUAAGAUGGCGCCUCUGUCCUAGGAAGUUGAUCCUUUGGUAAGGUAGUUCAGGUCGGAACUCCAAAAAGGUAAUCUUUGGACCAAUAAAAUUGACUGCCAAUGCGCUUGCCCGCUUAUGACCAGCAUAGCCUUUAAUUUUAACAUUAUGCACUUAAAACUGUUAGUCGAGCAAAAAUCCGUGCCUAUGAAAUCUAUAAUAACCUUAUCCUUGAGAGAAAUAUUUUAUUACAAAUAGAUCAUCCUUUUAUCAUGAAAUUGGUCAAAACAUUCAAAGACCGUGACAGAAUUUACUAUUUAACUGAAUUCGUCAGAGGAAAUGAUUUAUUUGAUGUAAUAAAUGAUCUAAGGAUUAUGAAUGAUAAAAAUGCAAGAUUCUACGCAGGAUGUUUACUGAUCAUUUUAGAGCAUUUGCAUGAAAGAAACAUCAUAUAUCGAGAUUUAAAGCCCGAAAAUAUAAUGAUUGAUGAGGAUGGAUAUCCUAAACUCAUUGAUUUCGGGACUGCUAAAAUUGUUGAUGGGAGGACGUAUUCCAUUAUUGGAACACCACAUUACAUGUCUCCAGAAGUUAUCAAAGGGGGAGGAUAUGGGCUUUCAGCAGAUUUAUGAUGCUUAGGAGUGAUCAUUUAUGAAGUUAUAUGUGGUAGAAUGCCUUUUGGAGAUGAAGAAGAUGAACCUUUCACAAUUUACGAAAAAAUUCUUAAAAAUAAGUUAUCAUUUCCUCCUUUUAUUGAGCAUAAAGCAAAAUCAAAGUUUAUUAUUGAGAAGCUUUUAAAUAAAAAUCCUGCGUUAAGAGGGGAAAUAGAUUGACUUAAAACCCAUAUCUGAUUUGAAGGAUUGAACUGGGAUAAAUUGCUUGGGAAACAAGAAAUUGCUCCGUAUAUUCCAAAGCUGAAUAGCCUAUCAUUCGAAAUUACACGUGCAUUUAAGAUUAACAGCCAGCUUUAUAAAAUGAUUGCAGUAAUAUAUAUUUAGAAAGAAGAAAUAAUUGACUCUCAUGAUAUACCGAAAUUUGGAAAGCGCUCACCAUCCGGAUGGGAUGAUGCCUUUUAG